AUGAAGCCGGGGCCGCCGCACCGCGCCGGGGCCGCCCACGGGGCUGGCGCCGGGGCCGGGGCCGCGGCCGGGCCUGGGGCCCGCGGGCUGCUCCUGCCUCCGCUGCUGCUGCUGCUGCUGGCGGGGCGCGCCGCGGGGGCCCAGCGCUGGCGCAGUGAGAACUUCGAGAGGCCCGUGGACCUCGAGGGCUCUGGGGAUGACGACUCCUUCCCCGAUGACGAGCUGGACGACCUCUACUCUGGGUCGGGCUCCGGUUACUUUGAGCAGGAGUCGGGCAUUGAGACAGCCGUGAGGUUCAGCCCAGAUGUCGCCCUGGCCAUGUCCACCACCCCCGCGGUGCUGCCCACCAUGGACAUCCAGCCUGUGGGCACCCCAUUUGAAGAGCUCCCCUCUGAGCGCCCCACCCCGGAGCCGGCCACCAGCCCCCCACUGGUGACAGAGGUGCCAGAAGAGCCCAGCCAGAGAGCCACCACCGUCUCCACCCUGACGGCCACCACCACUGCCACCACCACGGGGCCCCCGACGGUGGCCACAGUGCCCGCCACAGCGGCCACCGCCGCGCCCAGCAUCCCCGCGGCACCCCCGUCUGCGGCCACCACCUCUGUCGUAAGGACCACCGGCGUACGGAGGCUUCUGCCUCUGCCACUGACCACAGCAGCCACAGCCCGGGCCACUACCCCAGCGGUGCCCUCACCUCCCACUACGGUGGCUGUCUUGGACACAGAGGCCCCAACUCCCAGGCUGGUCAGCACAGCUACCUCCAGGCCAAGGGCCCUUCCCAGGCCGGCUACCACCCAGAAGCCUGACAUCCCUGAGAAGAGCACGCUGCCCCUGGGGACCACCGCCCCUGGACCCACGGAGGUGGCUCAGACCCCAACUCCAGAGUCCUUCCUGACCACCAUCCGGGAUGAGCCAGAGAUGCCAGUGAGCGGGGGACCCAGUGGGGACUUUGAGCUGUCGGAGGAAGAGACCACACAGCCAGACACAGCCAAUGAGGUGGUGGCUGUGGGUGGGGCCGCUGCCAAGCCAUCACCUCCACCCGGGACGCUGCCCAAGGGUGCCCGCCCAGGCCCUGGCCUCCUGGACAAUGCCAUCGACUCAGGCAGCUCCGCGGCUCAGCUGCCCCAGAAGAGCAUCCUGGAGCGGAAGGAGGUGCUUGUAGCUGUGAUCGUGGGUGGGGUUGUAGGCGCCCUCUUUGCUGCCUUCCUGGUCACCCUGCUCAUCUACCGCAUGAAGAAGAAGGACGAGGGCAGCUACACGCUGGAGGAGCCCAAGCAGGCGAGCGUCACAUACCAGAAGCCUGACAAGCAAGAGGAGUUCUACGCCUAG